UCGGUAGUCAGCUCAACUGGACACGAACCAAAGCUAUCGCCGUGGUCGGAACUGAUAAACUAACCGGAGAACCAGCGACCGCCACAUGGCGGCGGCCACUCGACCUCUUCCGUCGUCGCGCACUAAUCCCGCAUGCCCACACGCGCUCAAAUCUUUAAAACCUUCUUCACCUUCCCCUUUCUCUCUUCCUCUUCCUUCGAAAUCGUCACUCUCCAAUGGCUUGAACUACAACCAGAAGAGGUUCGCCGUCCAGGUCCGGAGCGAGAUCAAGAGCUUUGAAAACUCUCAGAAUUGGACUAUUGAAGCCGAUUCUUUUCGAUUCGUCCCGAAUUCUUCGUCUCAUUCUUCCUCAUCACUUUCCAUGGCGGCUUCCACCUCCGUUGCCAAGACUUCCAAGAAGGUCUGCCUUUUCUAUUGCGCUGAGACCAAGGCACUCGCCGAAAGAGUUGCUGCGGAGUCUGACUCCAUUGAGCUUCGUUCAAUUACCUGGAGGAAAUUCGAUGAUGGAUUCCCCAAUAUAUUCAUUCCCAAUGCCCACGGCAUUCGUGGGCAACAUGUGGCGUUCUUGGCUUCAUUUAGUUCCCCAGGAGUUAUCUUUGAGCAGCUCUCUGUAAUCUAUGCUUUGCCCAAAUUGUUCAUCUCCUCAUUCACAUUGGUCCUUCCAUUUUUCCCCACGGGAACUUCUGAGCGUAUGGAGGAUGAAGGAGAUGUUGCAACAGCUUUCACUCUCGCUAGGACUUUAUCGAAUAUACCAAUUUCAAGAGGUGGACCUACUAGUAUAGUGACAUUUGAUAUCCAUGCUUUGCAGGAGAGGUUCUACUUUGGGGACAAUAUUUUACCAUGUUUCGAGAGUGGGAUACCUCUGCUCAAAAAUAGGCUUCAAGAGCUUCCUGAUUCGCACAAUAUAUCCAUUGCUUUUCCCGAUGAUGGAGCAUGGAAAAGAUUUCAUAAGCAGCUGCAGCAUUUCCCAACGAUUGUUUGUGCUAAAGUUCGGGAAGGUGACCAACGAAUUGUUCGUAUCAAAGAGGGAGACCCUAGCGGACGGCAUGUUGUGAUAGUUGAUGAUUUGGUCCAAUCAGGUGGUACCCUGAUUGAAUGCCAGAAAGUAUUAGCCGCCCAUGGUGCAGCAAAAAUAAGCGCUUAUGUUACACAUGGGAUCUUUCCUAACAGAUCGUGGGAACGCUUUGAACACGAUAAUCAAGGGCACCCCGAGGAUGGUCUGACCUACUUCUGGAUAACGGACUCGUGCCCAUUAACGGUUCAACAGGUGAUGUUCAAAGCACCAUUUGAGGUACUUAGCCUCGCUGGUUCUAUAGCGGCUACCCUUCAAAUAUAAAAAGAAGAAAUACAGAACAAGCAAGCAUGGGCGCAACUCCCCUUUCUUACUAGCAUAGACUAUAUAGAGUAUGUUAAAUCUGCAGUCACAGAGAACUUGACAUUCAAGCGGCCCCAUAGAAUUUUUCUGGUUUUUUCUUUUUUUUUUCGGCACUUUGUUUUUGUUUUCAAUGCCAUCGGUUAAUAAAAUCACUUUUUUUUUACAUGCAGAAGACGUUCACAUUUACUUUUAUAUUAAGAUACCAAAUUAUUUUUU